GAGAACUUCGAGAUGACGCCUAGCUUCGGAGCUUUGGUGACCUACGAGGAUGCCAAGACCUUCCUGGUCCCUACAGUGGCCCUACAGGAGAACCUGCAGAUGGAAUGGGAACCUAUCUUCAAGGUGGACUUAAGGAUGAAAGGCAUGGUGCUCCUGAUGAUGUACACGCAAACAUCGGCUUUGGAUGCAGCUCAAGCCACAAACCUUCUUGGUAGAAUCAUGGAGCUCUCAACAGCAGCAACUACGGCGGCUACAACGGCCAAUCAGAUGCUGGAGGCUUUCAACUCUGGUGGAGGCAAAGGGGCACCUAGGUACUCCGACCUGAUGAAGGACGUUGAGCAGCUGGAAACAAUGACAGAGAUGGCCACUUUGGAGGCACCUGUGCAGGAGUUGGCCAUGAAACUGUACUCCAUCUUGUCCUCGCACUUGCAAGGACCUGCCUUGCAGAUUGUGAGGGCCCAUUCUUCUCAGAGGCCGAGGGCAUUGGCCAUUGGACAGGCCAUCAUGCAACAUCCAACCUUCCCUCAGCAGAGAUCUAUGUUGGAGAACUUGCUGCAGUUCGACAUGCUCUUGGACCAGUAUGAACUUGCAGCUGGACAUAGAGUGCCUGACGACCUCACUGUCAGUACGGUCUUGCGCUGCUUGGGUAGUGCCACACGCAGGCACUUGGAGAGGAUCAUGGACGAGGGGAUGGACUAUGCUGCCCUGAAGGACAAGCUCAUCCUCUUGGAUAAGAGCACAAAAGCCUGGUCAAGUGACAACUUCCUCAGAAACCUUCAGGUCUCCAACCUCUUCUGCCUAUCAAGGUCUGGAGGAAAUCAGAAAGGUGGAUACAAGGGCAAAUCGAAACAGAAGGGCAAGAAAGGUGUCAAUGAGGAGGACGAGCUCUUCCACGUUCGAGCUGUCCCAGCUGCUGGUCAAUUGGUUGUUCUGGAUUCUCGAGCUGACAUCAGCCUCUUGCCCUACCACACGAGUGGAUGUGGUACUUCACGACCUGGUGGACGUACCAUCUUGGAAGAUGCCCAAGGAUUACACAGGGAAAAUGUGGAGUUUUGCAAUCAACACUACGUCUCUGUCUCUGACUAUGUGGAUUCAGAGAUUGAGGAGUGCAACAAGCCCACUUUUGUCCUCACGAACUCAAGGUUUUGUAUGGAGAUGGCUGAGCACUACAAGCUUGAGGAGGUUGAUAAAGUUGAUCCACAUGGAGCUGGUGGUGAAUCUGCCCCUGUUUUUGAGUGGCAGUUCGAGAACAAGGACACCUUGGUGGUGAACGAUGAACCUCUGAAGAUGGACAGCAGCAUUGGUUUUCUGCGCGCAGCUGCUGAAUACCUAGGGGUUUCAAAGAAUGGCAACAAGCAGAAAGUCCAGACCUUGGAACACGAACAGCUCUUCCUUGACUCCAACCGUUUGUACAAGGAUGAACAGUGGAAACAAGGUCUUGGGGGACAAUCAAUUCCCAGGACACCUUCAGAAGAGGUGGCAUUGCACGAGUUGUCGCAAGUGCCCUACCGAGAUUGGGGCCUUCAUUGCGUGAGUUGCAAGGACAACCAAGAUCCACAAAGGCCUGUUGAAUUUUCGGGUCUGGAGAAUUUCACUUUCUUGUUUGAAACUUUUGAGUACGUUCGAAUCUUUCCAUUCUUCUGUAACCGUAAGGCCCGUAAGGAGAUAAAGGACGCACUGCAAGUUGAACGAGCCAUCCAGACAGUGGUACUGGUCUUGCAUGGACAAGGACCCAACACCAAAGCUGGUCCUCAAUGGGUUCCUGGAGUUUGGCUGACCAAGACCCAUGGCGAUGAUCUACAUGUGGUGGCAACGCCUGAAGGUUUGCUGAAGGGUAAAGCCAUCAGAAGGCUUAUACAGACCCGUGGAGACCUGCGUGGUUGCUCAUGGUUCAGGAGAAGCCCUUCCAGAAGUUCACCAGGACCUCCCACUCCAAAACCUGUGGUGGAACGACAAGAGAAGCUUCCUGAAGAAGCCAUUGACUAUGACGCCAGGGAUGUGAUUGACUAUGCCAGGACACAUCCACCGAGUCCUGUGAGUGACGCUGGAAUGCCUGAAGCCGAGGAGACCAAUCGAAGUCAUGGAGGAGAAUGUUUUUCACCUCACAAGUCAACCAAGUUGGAUGUGGCUGCAACUGGUGGAGAAAAGGCUGCUUUGGAUGACAGCAAUGUCAGAGAACCGGAAACAAAGGUUCCAAAGACAAUCCCUGAAGGCAGCCUCUCUUCGUCUUCAAGUCGCCUUUUUGCCCUUCACUAUGCUGGCAACAUUCAACAUGUCAUGGAGGUUGGAGAGGUGGACGAUGAACAAUGGGAAGAAGAUAUAGCUGGAUACCUUGAGCCUGAUUGGGUAGCUCUUGGUGAUGGUGAUGGAGAUGAUGAUCAAGUUGAUGAAGGUCGAUCCCCUGAAGUUGACCCUGAUGAGCUGGCGCAAUUGGAUGAGGCAGCUGGCUUUGAGGAGAUCGCGAGACUCUUGGAGAUGAAGGUGAUCGAGGAACCAUCUGUGGAAGACCUUGAACAAGCCGUGGUUCUUUGCACGAGGAGUGUCAUGGACUGGCGCUUCAGAAAUCAGAAGUGGCAACGACGAUGCAGGUAUGUUGCCCGAGAAUUUCGAGCUGGAGACAAAAGGUCAGCAGCAACCUUUGCACCCACUUCAGGUGCUGGUGCCCAGUUGGUUCUGGUGGCUGUUGCUUUCAAUG